CAUGAGCAUCACUGUCCACGAGUGCGAGUGACUGACAACAACCACCACAUCCGCCGUCGUGCGAAACUCCUCACAUAUCUCAAAGCCGUGAAUCGCCACAUAACACGCGAUUCACACAAUCACAGUACUCCGUUCGAUUCGACGCAAUUCAAGCCCCAUCAUGACGACCGCCAACAUCUCCACCACUCUGGAGCACCUCCAACAACCACAACCCCUUUCGAUCCUCAAACUCUCCAAACCGAUCCUUCACCCUAAAGAAGACAGCGGCAAUACCACGACACCUUCCAUGCUAGCCGCUGAUCUUGCACACUACCGCGAUCUUUUCUCGAAACUACGGUUCAGCUAUGUCGAGCAGGUCACCAAGGAGCGCUUCCUCCGCACAAUCUGCGCAGAACAACCCGAGUUUGCGACGGCCGUAGAGAACGCCGAGCUUCAGACGCGUCUCCUCGUGGACAAAGCGCAGCUGAAGGAGAAGAAGACGGAAGUGGCGGAGAUGAUCUCAGCCUUGGAAGCACAAGGGCGGGAAUUGGCCAAGAGAUAUGAACACAUCCAACUCCAGACCGUCCAACUCGCCGCCCUCCCCGCACAAAUCACCGACCUCAACCAGACCCUCCUCGCGCUGCACGUCCGCCAAAAGGAACAACAGACCGCGCUACAUUCCAGCUCCGCCUCUUCCGACCCAGACCUCCAUCUCCCAUCUCUCUCCGCGACGCGUCAACGACUCAGCGAACGCGAGCAGGAACUCCAACGCAUCGACCUCGAAAUCGCCCGCCUGCAGGCCGCCCUUCCCGCCAAACAGGCCGAGACGAGGAGACUCGAGGAGGAGCUGGCCCCGGUGUGGAAGAGUCGCGAUACGGCGGUGGAAUUGGCCCUCGAGGCCAAGAGGAGGAGGGAAGAAGGUGGUAUGGCGGUGGAUGAAUUGGAGGAGCGCGGGAGGUGGCUGAGGGGGGUGGAGGGCGUGAUGAAAGGAUUGGAGUUAGAAGCGUGAUAGGAGAGGGACAUGGGUCGACGUGGUUGAGGAUGGACGUGUAGGAUUAUAGGACACUGCUCAUGCUGCCGCACGUUUUGCGUGUCCGACUCUGGCAGAGACUCGGCGUCACGAAUGAUUUGGGAAUUGCAGGGAUGCGGAGAUUGUAAUAAUGAUACCCGAUGUUGUCAUCACCGAAACAAUUAUAUCUUCCUUGAAGAUCGUUCGUCCAGGAGACCAAUCUAAUCCAUGUGUCUCAAUUGCAGCGAUUCCAACCGCCAAGAACCAUCACUUUGCUGAGCUUCGUCUCGUCU